GGGUCCAUGGGACUUAGAGAUACCAACAAAUGUGAUCAUGUUUGAGCGCCCGCCCAUCACAUUACCCCAGCCACACCCUAGUGUAGAGGUGUUACGGGGCCAGCUGGUGGGUAAACUCCGCCUCGGAUACCAGGAAAUGUGCCAGGCAAGAGAAGGAAUUGAUGCACCCAGAGAUUCGUUUAGUCGAUGGUUAAUGGAACGGAAAGUCGUGGACCACGGUUGGGAUCCACUUCUUCCCAGCCAAUGUUUUCCUGAGGUGAGCCAGUCCAUGUAUCGGGAAAUCAUGAACGACAUCCCCAUCAAACUUCAGCGGCCGAAGUUCACAGGUGAAGCCAGGAAGCAGCUCUCUAAAUAUGCUGAGGCAGCUAAAAGAAUGAUAGAAACCAGUCGUAAUGCGAGUCAAGAAAGUCGAAAAAUAGUCAAGUGGAAUGUAGAAGAUACUUUCCAGUGGUUAAGAAGAACGGUUGGUGCCACGUUUGAUGAUUAUAUGGACAGACUAGCUCACCUUAAGCGGCAGUGCCAACCACAUCUCACCGAGGCUGCGAAGCAAAGUGUGGAGGGCAUCUGCACGAAGAUAUAUAAUUUAUCCGUCGAACACGCUAAAAAAAUUAGAGAAAAGCAUCUUCAAAUUCUAGAGGAAAAUAAUAUUAGAGAAGCUGGGGUUCCUGCAGUUAGCGGGCUACGGAAAGUGUGGUGUUAUCCGGUGCAGUUCACUACUCCGAGCCCUCGCCCGCCUCCAAUCGACUUUAUGCAAGACAAGGACACCACUUGUUUACGAUAUAAUGGAGAGUCACUCAGAAUCAAUACGCCAUACUUCCAUAAACUGGAACAGCUUUAUCGUUACAAUUGUUUUGAUGAUCGAAAAUUUGAAUUGUUCCUGCCGAGAGUAUGGUGUUUACUGAAGCGUUACCAAACACUCCUUGGGACCAACCCCAGUGAGGGCCAUGGAACACAAGGUGGGCUACCAGUCACAGUGCUGGAGUGUCUACAUAAACAUUUCAGUGUAACGUUUGAGUGUUUUGGGUCUCCCCUCAACUGCUACUUUAGACAAUACUGCUCAGCGUUUCCAGACACAGAUUCCUACUUUGGCUCCAGAGGACCAAUUUUAGACUUCAAGCCAGUGUGUGGAUCUUUUGAGGCAAAUCCCCCAUUUUGUGAGGAACUGAUGGAGGCAACAGUGCGGCAUUUUGAGAAGUUGUUGUCAGAGUCUCAUGAGCCGUUGUCUUUUAUUGUAUUUGUCCCAGAAUGGAGAGAACCUGCUCCAUCAGCACUCCUGCAUUUAGAAGCCUCCAGGUAUUUAUUUUCCUAUUUUGCUGUACCUCUGAUUCUUUUUCCAAAUUUGUCUACUGUUUUGAAGGGUUUAGAGGUUUCUGAGACUCGGGCAGUUUUGGAGGUUGCCCCUUUCGGGGUGGGGACAGAGACAUUCGAGUCCGUUCCUCCUGCCGUAUCGCUGGGGUCUGACCUGUGGGCCCCUUCUCUUCCUGCUUUUCCAGCUGCCCCAGCUUUUUCUUGUGAGGCCGGGGCUUUUGAGGAUGACUGUAUAUCUUUUUCCUUCAAUGCUUUCAGGUCUGAGGUUGUUCUUAAGAGUGGACAUGGAACUGUUGCUGUGUGGCUCCAGAAUGAUGCUGGCUUUUCACGCUGGGGCCCCACUCCAGACAAAGUUGAUGCUUUGUUGGAAGCAUUCAGACCUGGCCGUGAGCGUGAUCGGGACCGGCAAGAGAUGCUGUCUCCGCCUCGCAGGGACUCCAGUGCCGAAGCUCCACCUCCUUACGUUGAUGUAAAAUCUGCCCCUCCACUAUUAGCUGGAGGCUCUCCGUUGGCAGCACCAACUGCUCCCUCGCCAGUUAUUGCUCCCUCAGCUAUCAUGAGCACCUCGCCAUCUCCAGCUAUACCUCCAACUGCCCCGACCAGCCCGACCACCACUACAGCCAUAUAGACCUAAAAAAUUUUGGGAAAAAUUACCUUAUUUUGUCUAUGGAAAACUGCACUAUCUUCAUAUUGCUGAUGUGCAAGAUUUGUAAAACAGUGUACAGUUUUGUGUAGAAAUUUCAAUUUCAAUUUUUUUUUUUUUUUUUUUUUUUUUUUUUUUUUUUUUUUUUUUUUUUUAGUUCCAUUAGGUGAUCUACAUGCAUUAGCAAUAUAUAAAAAAAAAAUUGUUGGAAAGUGUUCAUGAUAUAGAAUUGCCUCAAGCAAAUAUUUAUGUGAUUGGGUGAUCCCUGUGUCUUGGUAAUUUGGGAUUUGGCAGGUGACACUUUUUAUUUAUCUAUUGAGUUCAUGCAUGUUUAUUGGUAUCAAUAUUUAUCGUAAUUAUAUGUACAUGUGUUGUGUGUGUGUGAUCGCAUUGUCUUAAAUUGUUUCUCUAUUUAUUUGUCUACCCUGACAAUUUCUCCUCUCGACAUCAUUUAAAAUGUAAAGACUGUGUAAAAAAAUGUAUCUCUUAAAUUAUUAAAUUACUUGUUUUUUUAAUUAGAGACUACUGAAGACAGAAAAAUUACUUCUCUAUUGGUUUAGUAAAAGCUGUCAUUUUAAGUAUAAUUUUGAACACAGUUUUAAUUGUGUAGCAAGAUCCGAGAUAUUUGGUAUAUUUUUAACAGUCACCUCAAUUGUGAUUUUUGCAUCUCAUUGAAAGGGUUCAGUGAAAAUCCUGCCAAAACUCAGCAUUACCAGGUGACUUGGGAGGUUGGGGGGGGGGAGGGGGGAGGCAGAGGUUACAAAGACAAGGUGUUGGUGAUCAUAGGAGGAAGCAGCUGUGUGAGGCUGAUGGUGCAAGACCGGAGCAUUUUACCCACACGUUUGCCAUAUGCAAGUUAUCCUUUUUUUAUUAUUAUUAUUAUUAUUAUUAUUAUGCAGUUUGCUUGGUAUUGUAUGAUAGUUUCCAGAGUUCUAUAAUAUGUAGUUUUUAUGACUUAUUAUUUUUUACUUGCGCACACACAUGUAAAGCUUCUGGUAAUUUUAUAACCUGCAUUUGUAAAUGGAAAUAUUGUUUAUAUAUGUUUGAUAUGUAUUUUUAUUUACAUUUUAUUUUAAACCUGGCAUUAUGGUACAUAACUGUACUCAUAAAUAAAUAUACAUCAGUAUGUCUAGUUUCGAG